UGGGUAUGCAUUUCACGUCAAUGUGUCCUUAGCCCAGUCAGCCCACUAUCCCCAACCUUUUUUUUUUUUUUGGGAAAAUUAAAAAUCCCCAACGUUUAUCUAGCGAGUGGCCUUUCCACUCGCAGUGGCAUCAACCGUAAAUAUCUUCAUUUGCUAGGGGCCUUUUCUUGACCCUCUCAUCUCCUCCUUCCUCCAAUCUUUCUUCCAUUGAUUCCAUCCCUUCUCCGAAUUCUUCACAUAAAAUAAUAAUUUCCUUAACCCAGAAUAAUAAUACUUUAAGACAUUUCUUUUCAUUAUAAAAUUUUAAUUAGUAAGUUAUUAUUAAUUUUCUUAACUACAGUUUUGUUCCCUUUCUGAGAAUUUGUUCCCUUGCGUUUCUUUUUGGAGAUAUUCUGGUUGUAAUUUGUGGUAAAUUCGAUGCAAAAGAAAUGGCAAAUUCGAAUCACCAGCCAACAUCAAUGUACGGUUCAGGUGCCAUGAACAUGCAACAAAACCUUGAAGAAGAAGACGACGACGUUCCAGGCGGAACCGGUGGAGGAGGGGAAGAGUCUGUUGAUAACCCCCAGAUUGGAUACCAAGAGACAGGCGGCGUUGUUACGGUUAUGAAUAAUGGCAUGGAAGAAGCUUCUCAUGCCAAUAUUUAUGGUCAAGGAUCCGAUUUGACCGUCGUUCCCGGUAAUGGCGGCUCUGAUCAGCUCACCCUCUCGUUUCAAGGAGAGGUUUAUGUGUUUGAUUCUGUUUCUCCUGAUAAGGUACAGGCUGUGUUAUUACUUCUAGGUGGAUAUGAAAUUCCGUCAGGUAUUCCUGCAUUGGGGACAGUUCCUGUUACUCAAAGGGGUCUGGGUGACUUUCCUGGGAGGGCAAUUCAACCACAGAGAGCUGCUUCUUUAAACCGGUUCCGAGAGAAGAGAAAAGAGCGGUGCUUUGAUAAGAAAAUCCGCUAUACCGUGCGGAAAGAAGUGGCUCUCAGGAUGCAGCGUAAGAAGGGCCAGUUCACAUCAUCCAAGGCAAUUUCUGAUGAAGUUGCCUCAGCCUCUUCAGGCUGGAGUGUGACACCAGGUUCUGGACAAGAUGAGAGCAUGGAAGAGACUUCAUGUACACACUGUGGAAUCAGUUCUAAGUCCACUCCCAUGAUGCGUCGUGGACCCACCGGUCCAAGGACGCUCUGCAAUGCAUGCGGACUCAAGUGGGCAAAUAAGGGUGUUUUGAGAGACCUUUCAAAGGUUUCCACUAUACCAAUCCAGGAUGCAUCUGCAAAGCCUACUGAGCAGAGCGAUGCUGAAGCUAAUGACUCGGAGGCAGUAACUGUGACUACAGAUGUUGUAUCUUCAUCUAAUGGAGAUAACUCCUCUGUUUCUGCUGAAAGAUGAGUAAAAAAGGCUCCUUCCAUUUUGGUGAGUGCUAUGCUCCUUGCUGUUUCAAGGCAGAUGUCAAACUUUGUUGUAAUAAUUGAGUUCGUUUGACACGUGUAUAUAUGGGCUCAUUGCCUUGGAUCAUCAUGUAAAUAAUUGUGAAAUUGCUAGAUGCAGCCUAAUUAGUUUGUGUAGCUUAGGAGUACGAAGAACAAAACUUAAGUGUCACUUUUAACAUUAGCAAUUGUUGUUCCUACCUUCCAUAUAUGUUGAAAGUUGAAAGUAGCAGCAUGUUUUGACAA